GUCGCCUUCUAAAUUAUCCCCAUUCCGGAGCACCCUUUGAUACAAGGGGCAGAUGUUGCGUCAUGCCUACAUGCAUCGUGCCCCAGGGCACCGAGCCAGGCGUUUAUCACUUCCCAGCCUUCCAUUGCCCGUGGGCUUAAAGCUGCUCUGAGCUCCGAACAAGGAAAUUGUUCAAACAUCCUCAAACGUGAUUCCUCCAAGAGUUGAUUCACAUAUCAAUAGUCGUGUCAUGAAACAGUUACAUUAGAGGAUCUCGUCUCUAGUCAAAAUCCCAAACCCCAACUACACCCUCACUACGGAUUACGAGCCUCAAGAGUUCACUACUCCGCGCUCCGAAAAGCACAGAAACCGCACGCCAAACUCCUCAAGUCGGGGACUCGGGGGCCCCGCCGUCCGUGACCCAGCUAAUCCAGUGGAGAGGCAUAGACGCGCCCGCCCCGACCUGGAACCCGCGGGCAACGUGCUCGACGGAAUGCCGCACCGGGACGUCGUCUCGGCCACGGCCGCCAUCGGCGCGCUCACCCGCCGCGGCCGGCACCGCGACGCCCUCGCCCUGUUCUCUCGAGUGCUCGCCGACGGCAUCGCGCCCAACGAGUUCACCUUCGGCACCGUCCUCCGCUCGGCCACCGCGCUGCGCGCCCCGCGCGUGGGCGCGCAGCUCCAAGCCUGUGCCGCCAAGCUCGGACUCUGCUCCAACGUCUUCGUCGGCAGCGCUCUCCUCGACCACUACGCCAAGAUGGGCGGCAUGAGGGAAGCCCAGGGUGCGCUCGAGGAUACCCGUGAGCCGAACGUGGUCUCUUACACCGCGCUCAUUGCGGGUUUUCUGAAGAACGGGAUGUUUGAGGACGCAGCCCUGGUGUUCCGGUGCAUGCCAGAGAGGAACGUGAUCUCUUGGAAUGCGAUGAUCAGCGGAUGCAGCCAAGCCGGUCUCAGCGAGGAGGCUGUCAAUCUGUUCCUGGAAAUGUGUCGAGAAGGCAUCACGCCGAAUGAAAGCACGUUCCCUUCCGUGCUCACAUCUGUUGCCAAUGCCGGGGCACUUGGCGUUGGUCGAAGCGUCCAUGCAUCGGCCAUUAAGUUCUUGGGCAAGCUUGACGUUUAUGUGGGCAAUUCUCUUGUGACCUUCUAUGCCAGGUGCGGCAGCUUGGAGGACAGUGUCCUAGCGUUCAAAAAGAUCAACCAAAAGAAUGUGGUAUCCUGGAACGCGCUGAUAUGCGGGUAUGCGCAGAAUGGGAGGGGAGAGGAGGCUUUGGAUGCUUACAAGGCAAUGAGAGCAACCGGCCUGAAGCCAGAUAAUGUCACUCUUCUCGGCUUGCUGUUUGGUUGCAACCAUGCUGGCCUGGUUGACGAGGGCCAUUCAUUGUUCAAGGCUGCUGAGAUGGAGCAGCCCGGCAUACUGAAGCCUGAGCAUUAUGCUUGUGUAGUUGAUCUACUGUCUCGAGCCAAGCGGUUCGACGACGCCAAGAGGUUUCUUGAGGAGCUACCCUUUGAGCCUGGCAUUGGGUUCUGGAAAGCGUUGAUAGGAGGCUGUCAGAUUCACUGGAGCAGGGAGCUGGCUGAGAGCGUCGCAAAGCGCAUUCAUAUGCUGGAUCCGAAGGACACAUCCUCCUAUAUUCUUCUCUCUAAUGUUUACUCUGCGGCAGGAAGCUGGCAAAGCGUGUCCAUGAUCAGGAGGGAGAUUAAGGAGAAGGGGCUGAAGAGGAUCACUGGCUGCAGUUGGAUUGAGGUCCAGGACAAGGUCCAUGUCUUCUUCAAUGGAGACUGUAGACAUCCUCGGAGUGAUGAAAUUUACUCGAUCCUAGAAGCAUGUCUGUAUAAAAGGGACGAUGAUGGACAUGAACACUCAGCUGUAUGAUCAUGAGAAAUCAUCCAAAAGACUAUUGGCAAAGGUAUCAGGUUAACUAAUGUGUUGCGGUGGCAGCAAGAAAUGUCCCUCUUAACGCCAAUAGCAAAGGAAAGCUGCCGAGUUCCUGGACGGCUAGACCCCAGAGACCAGAACAAAGAUGGGCAGCUGGAUCAUGCUCCUCAGGUCAGACCGUCAGAGGAUGGUGCUGCAAAUCCUGCAAUCUCAGAAGAUCAUCACAAAGCUUUUACAUCGCAAUCCUGGCUGAUUUGUUUUCCUUUCCUUCUCAACAUUCUUUUAAAAAAAUGUUAAAAUCUUGCAAUUAGCAAUUUGAUAGAUUACAUUGGAAACCCUGAGGAAAUUGUAAUUCGUCAAGGUGAAUAUGGAGAGCUAG